GAAUCCCUGAAUUGUGUCUAUGACGAUGGGGCCAUUACAUCAAAACCAUUUAGACUGAGACUGGGUGACAUGAUAAUGUAUUGAUCCCGUCAUGAUGGAUGGUUGAGGAAGAUAUAAAAGUGAAGUUCCCAGUCAGGGUAAGAUAGUACAGUCCAGAGCCACCUAAGCUAUUGUCAUCAUGCUGUCCUUAGCACUGUUCUACAUUUUGGCUGUUAUUUGCUCUGCCAGACGGACGCAUGCUCUACCACUGUAUCCAGACACAAGCUUGGAACCUCAAGAAGAGCUGAUCCAGAAGUUGGUGGCAGAGGUGGAGGAUGGAGAGAACGCUGAGCUGACUGACCAGAGAGAGGUGAAGAAUCUCUACCCUCUCCUGAUGCAGCGCAGUGGCGCCAGGGGUACAUGGAAUAAAGCAGGAGCUAAAGAUUCUGUGCAGCAGGAUAAAUUUGUCAACAUGGUUGAUGAUCUGAAGGCGGUGGUGUUGAAGCUCGCUGCAGCCGACAAGCUUCGCUCUCAGGGCUUCCUUCGGUCUGAGCAGAAUUUACCGAAAACCAACAAGAGAGCUUGCUUCUGGAAAUACUGUGUGACAAACUAGAAGCUGUGUGCUGGAGGAGAAUAAGAUCAUUUUUGACGAUACCUGGACAAGAACACCUUCUCACCACCCUCACCCCAAGCUGUGUCCCUUAUUAAAUAUUAAAAUUACAGCCCCAAGACAAUGGGUACAUUGUUCAUACAUAGAAACCUAGAGUAAAUGAUUGGUAGGAAAUAUAUUUUUUAAUCCAGCUGAAAAUGGCCUUGCAUUGAGGCUGGCUGACAAUAAAAUGAAAUAUACAGUAUAAUGUGGAUUGAAUGGAACAACUUUGUUUUUGACACCAACACUGUGUCAGAUUGCAUAUACAUUUCUACACAAAUACACAGUGUAUAUGCCUAGAACCAAUGCUUGGAAGCGAAAAGAAGUCAACAACAUUAGUCUUAGACAGUAAAGAAAUGU